AUGUCCACGGACAAGAUCACCUUCCUGACCAACUGGCAAGCAGCAAGAGAGAGCUAUCCGCUGCGGAGCGAACACCUUGCUAACCCCCGCAGGCAUGCCACGCCGUACCACGCUCCCCUUUAUCUGGCCCAGGCCAAGGGCUACUUCCGGGACGAGGGCAUCAAGGUUGCCAUCCUCGAGCCCAAUGACCCCAGCGAUGUCACCGAGAUGAUCGGCAGCGGGAAGAUCGACCUUGGCUUCAAGGCCAUGAUUCACACCCUCGCAGCCAAAGCCCGCGGCUUCCCCGUCCAGGCCAUCGGCUCGCUGUUAGACGAGCCCUUCACCGGCGUCGUGUAUCUCAAGGAGAGCGGCAUCACCGCCGACUUCCAGACACUCAAGGGCAAGCGGAUCGGCUACGUCGGCGAGUUCGGAAAGAUCCAGAUCGACGAGCUCACCACCCACUACGGCAUGACGCCGGCGGACUACACCGCGGUGCGGUGCGGGAUGGACGUGGCGGGGGCGAUCACGCGGGGGGAUAUCGACGCCGGGAUCGGGCUCGAGAACGUGCAGAUGGUGGAGCUGGAGGAGUGGCUCGCGGCGCGCGGCCGCCCGCGCGCCGACGUGCAGAUGCUGCGCAUCGACGAGCUGGCCGAGCUCGGGUGCUGCUGCUUCUGCAGCAUCCUGUACAUCGCGAACGAGGCGUUCCUGGAAGCGCACCCGGAGCAGGCCCGCGCGUUCCUGCGCGCUGUCAAGCGCGCCACCGACUUCGUCCUCGCCCAGCCCGAGCGCGCCCUCGCCGAGCUCGCCACCGCCAGGCCCGCCCUCGGCACCCCGCUCCAGCGCAAGAUCUUCCAGCGCUCCUUCGCCUACCUCUCUCCCGACCUCCAGAACGUCUCCCGCGACUGGGACAAGGUCACCGCCUACGGCAAGCGCCUCGGCCUCCUCGCCCCCGCCUUCCGCCCUAACUACACUAACCGCUUCCUCGCCUGGGACCUCGCUCCCGCCUCCGCCGACCCCGCCGGCGACCAGCGCCGCAUGGCCGAGCUCCAGCAGGGCGUCGCCGCCCACGGUGGCUUCUGCCGCCUCAAGAUCGAUAGCGCCAACAAGAGCGCUGUCGAGGUUUGA